AUGUGCCGUUGACAUUGGCAUGCAGGAUGCGCAGAGUUUUGUUGCUUUUGAUUGCACAGUUUACAUGUUGUGCGAAGUUGUGGUUGAGAGAGAGGAAGAAGUCCGAUGUCUCCACUGACCAGUGUGACAGUGCUGGGAUGAUGAAAUUAUGAUUUGAACUUAAACGCCAUUGUGAAAACAUAACGGCAUUGAAGAAAAUAUUGUGGCUUUGAAACUGCCUACCUUUUUAUUAAAAUAGGUUUUUGGACUAUACUUACUGAGCGUAAUGCACUCACAUGUCUGUAGAAAGUGGAGUCGCAGAUGCAUUUUUCAAACACAACUACUGUGAAAAAAGACGCUACAAUGCAAAGUGUCUGGUCACUGAAAACCACAUCUUUGUUUUGAGCUACUGCAGGGGUGAAAGUUGGCAUGGCUUGUAGAUCAAACUUUACCCGGUAGAGCAACAACACUCGCAUUGUGCCAUUGUGUGAGAAAAUGCAAAUUGAAUUUGGGAUUGUGGACAUGUUGAGUGACUAGAUCUAGUAUUUCCACCAGGUGAGUUAAAAAAAAAAUCCUGAAUAAAAAACAAAUGAUUGCGUGGCAAUGCAUGUGGAUUACAAUUUUUUUUCAAGUGAAGAGGAGGAUGGAUGGGAGUGGUCUCAGGAUAAAACACUCCUUCUGGAAGGAGCUGAUCACAUAUGGGAUAACAAACCCAAUGAAAAGUCACUUGUUGGCCAUCACGCACAAUGCAUCACCGACUGCUCCUCCUUGGGAUUUUACUCCUUCCAAAAGCCUAUACGCUGAAGUGUUAUGAGUGCGCAGCAGGAAGCUCAGCCACCUGCAUCGACACAACAAAAGAAUGCCCCCCAAUGGCGACUCAUUGUAGCGCACUCAGAAUCAUCAUGCAUUCAGGCGAGUCAGUGAUUGCAGACAUCAAUGGGAAAAGCUGCAGCUUCUCUGAACAAUGUGCACAAGCCUCAGUCAAUUUUGGAAUGACCAGGACCGUACUCGCCAACGAGUGUUGCACUACCGACUUGUGCAACAGCCUUCCUGCACCAGACUACAGCAAGACCAGGCCCAGCGGUAGAAAAUGCUUCACUUGCAAUGGGCUACAGUGCACCAGUACCGUGGAAUGUCAAGGCAAUGAGUACCAUUGCAUCUCCACAACAGUGGAGAUCAAGGGCCAAAAGACAACAAUGAAGGGCUGUGCCUCCAAGCAAAUGUGCACCAAUACGGAACAACUGGAAGGGCUUGCUGGAACCCGAAUCAGCUGCUGUGAGGGCGACUAUUGCAACGGCGGCAGUAGACCAAGAGCCGGCCUCCUUCUCUUGGGAGCGCCACUGCUGUAUCUCAUUGUUUGGCCUUAACACGCAGGCCUAUUCUGAGAACAGCCUGUCCUGUUUAAAACUGCUGAACGGUCUUUGCUUCCAUGCUGCAGCUCAGUUUCAAGGUGUUUCAGAUCCCCAGUCAGUUGUUUGCCAUGAGGUCAUUGAACUUCCAGUGGAUAGUAUGAGAAACUGUGAAAAA